AGUGCCUCCGCCAGCCUGCUGGUGUACACGCUCGCACGACCCCUCCGCGAUUGCAUUAUCAAUUAAGCCGUACGCUCGCAAUUUAUGCAGGCCGCCAGUGCAAACAACACCUUUACUCACUCUGCCCCGCACCGGACGUGCACCUCGUGUUUGACACCGAAUUCUAGACAGCGAUCCGACUCGCCUGAAGAAACAUUUGAAACUAAAUUCAAGAGUGAGCGGCAACUGCCGGACGAGCAGCAACAACAAAGAGACGCGCGGUAUAGCAGAGUGUGAAGCCCGGUGGCGGGCGGCAGUUGAGCGGCGACGGCGGCGACAAGUGCAGCGCGGCUGGAGGCCGGUGCAGCCGAUGCCCUUCGACCCCUGGCCCCAGGUGCAAUGCGCCACAAACGCGGCCACGACUUCUUCGCCGAGUGGCUCACGCGCACCGAGCGAAGGAAAACCGCCUGGCGCACCGACCAGACGCAAAUGCAGAACUCGCACUUCCGGCUCGACCAAAAAAUACAGCACCUCAGAAGCGAAAUCACGGACUUGGCGGAUCAGGAUGCGAUGCUGUUCGAGCAGUUCUUCGCUCUGGAAGAAUCCAUCGAGGAGCUGAAGGCGCAAAUGCAUCAGUCGGAAGGCUCAGAAGGCUCGUGUUUCUCCUCUCUCAAUUCGUCCACGUGCAGUCUGGCCUCGGUGCGCGAGGUCAACGUCUGCAGCCAGGACCAAAUACUUGAUGAGGAGGACGAGGACGUCUUUGAACCCUUGAGUCGAGAGGACUCGGCGGGCGUGUUCGUGCGUCAGCGGGUGUCGUACCCACCGAUCUCGCGGAACCGCUGCCGCCGCUCGCAGACAGUGAGCGCCGGCCAGCAGCAGAAGGGCGACGACGAGGACGAAGGGGUGGCCGGACUGGAGGGGAGGGUGGUGCUGCGGCGGCUGUUCUCGCUGCCGACGUACCACGCCGAGCUGAAGAGCGACGGCGGCGAGUCUUCCGUGUCGUCGCUCGACUCGGGCGUCUGCCUGCCCGCCUUCCCGGCCGCCCUGCAGGCCAUGCUCGACCGAGCGGCCGCCGGCAGAGGCCAAGACCCCGACGCCGAGGCCGAGAUUUUCGUCUGACCUUCAAUUGUGAGACUGUGUUCGUCGUUGUCUGCCCCUGACGAGGGCGGACGGAACGAUAUUGUGUAAUUCUUCCUUAAUUGCUUUGUGAUUCUACUUUCAAUAAUUAAUUCUUUUUAAUUCCUUCUUGUCGAAGCUUUGCGUGGGGCCUUAAAUUAAGUGCCAUUGAAAAGCAAUGAUUUCGAAAAAUAAAUUCAAGAAGUGAUUUAUGAAAUAAAUUUAUAAAGAUGUGUAAGUGCGAUUUUAAAAUUUUGGUCCUGCUCAAAUUUGAGUUUAUUCCCCCAGGACUGCAUUUUUUUUAUUUAAUUUAGGAAUACAUGUAUGAAAACAGUCUAUUUCGGUUUUCUUACUCCCAUUCAAACAAAUUAAAAAAUAUAACUAUUAUUAGGAAUGCAUUAUAAAUUUAUAAGGAGAAAUAAAACAUUAUCAAAAAUUAAAAACUCUAGUCCAACAUACCAACUCCAAAAAUUACAUUUAAAGUGGAAUGAUACUGGGCAACAAUUGAAAAUUAUUUCAAAUUGUUGGAUGCCUUAAACAAUGACCGAUAAACAAUUUGUUCAACAAUUUGCAAUAAUAAAAAAGGACCAACCUACAAUAAAAAUACAAAUUUUGCCAAUUUUCUCCAAAAUUUACAGUGCUCGAACAUAUUUUCUUGGCAUAUUCCGAUUCCUCUCGUCGAGAUCUAUUCAACGGUGUAUGCCACUUAUUGGGGAAACUCUUGGUUUUGAAAUUAAAUCGGAUUUCAAGUAAGGAGACAGCCAUUACCAUUUGAAAAGCACGGUAACUUUCCAGCCAAUUUUCUCAAAAAAUUACAGCGCUCCUUAGGUCAAUUUAGGCUUUAACUGAAUCCUAAGGAACGAGUUUAUGCAUUGACAACAAGCAUUUUCCAGGCUUUUCCAGUAUCAUUCCUCUUGAAAAGGUUUG